AUGGCUAAGAUGAUAAACAAGUCGCUUGUACUUACCUAUAUCUACUUACUGAUCUACAUUAUACUCUCUUCUGGAGUUAUACUCUACAACAAGGUUGUAACUCUGAAAGUAGAAUGUAGAAUUGAGUGGGUUCUAUCUCCAAAAUACUUCAAUUUUCCACUUCCUAUAACAUUGACUAUGAUCCAUAUGGGAUUCUCUGGAUUUGUGGCCUUCCUUCUUAUUCGGGUUUUCAAGGUUGUCUCUCCUGUUAAAAUGACUUUCGAAAUAUAUGUGACCUGUGUGGUACCUAUAAGCGCAUUCUUUGCAUCCAGCCUCUGGUUCGGAAAUACUGCAUAUUUGCACAUUUCAGUUGCCUUCAUACAGAUGCUCAAAGCACUAAUGCCGGUAGCAACAUUUCUCAUGGCCGUUGUCUGUGGCACGGACAAAGCAAGGUGUGACGUGUUCAUGAACAUGGUGCUAGUCAGUGUUGGAGUUGUAGUAUCAUCCUAUGGCGAAAUUAAUUUCAAUGUAAUCGGCACAGUCUACCAGGUCAUGGGAAUCUUUGCUGAAGCACUUAGACUGGUGCUAACUCAAGUUCUUCUUCAAAAGAAGGGCUUGACAUUANUUAAGUAG